CGGGGCGGCAGGGAAGAAUGCUGCCGCUCUGAGGGGCUUGAAAUUUGGAGAGCGCCGGCGGGGGAAACGCAGCCGGGGGUGUGAGUACACCCUCCCCCGCCCUUAAAGUAGUACCCCCGCCAGUGCCGAAGCCUACUUGGGCACAUCCCUAUCCACCACUCCUUAUUUUCUUCAUUCUCUGCCUCACUCUGGGGGGCUGCCAGAGAGAGGGGUGAACACGGGCCCCUUCUCCCCUAGCUACGCCCCUUGCCUGUAUGAGCUCAAGUAGUGGUUUAUUUGCCAAUCGGUAACAAUAGGCAAUAGUUCCCAAAAUCCACACAGACAGAUGUUGCGAAUAAAUUUGCUGGCCCUUCCUUUCAUAUGAAACAAAAAGUGACUUGUUGAGAUAGAAUGGGACCAUCUCUUGGAUAAAGAAAGCAUCCUUCUGACAUCAAGGGAAUGCCAGACCCUUUCGUGAUUGGAAGUUGGACCUGGAAAACACACUGGUAAAUGGAUGUCCUGAGACAUGUGGAAUUAUGAGCCAAUCUUGUGCAGCAUGUUAUCUGAUUGGAAGGUUAGAUACGGUGGAUCCAUCUAUAGCUCUUCUAAUUUCACAACCCUAUGAGCCAUGAUGAUCACUACGAAGAAAGCCACUUUAAAAGACACAAGUCAUAAACUGCAAAUGGCUAAAGAUUCUGCAUCAGUUUGGGAAGAACUAAUAUGAAAUCCCAAAAGUUGUCAACCUAAGUAACAGAUACAAUCACAUCAAACCCUUGGAAAAAACAUUUAGCCUCUACAGUAGAUAAUAAUAUGGGUUGAAAUAGCUGCCAGGUGAAUCUGCAGGGAAGAGAUUGCUGGAGUUUGGAGGGACUAGAUUCCUAAUCUACCCCAACAGCAGUGGAAGGUGCACAGCUGCAAAGAAGAGCACUGCUAAUUAAUAUUGUCUGGAGACAGGGAGUUCAAGUUCAAAGUAGUAGUUUACUGAGGAGCUACAUGCUGAACAGAGAGAGAGCCUACAUGCCUAGCUGCUGCCUACAUGAGGAGUGGGGGAAGGAAGAAGUCUGUCUCACAGACCAUCAGAUGGAGUCUAUCUAUGCCUGGAUAAAGAACUGUUCCUGACUGGAAUGUCAGAAGGUGAGGUUGAAAUGGCAACUGCAGUCCCCUUGCCAAGCCUGACCUUUCCUCCCCAAGCCAGCCUUUAGGUGCUGCGCUGGAUAAGGGAGGUGAAAAAAGAAAGGAGAGAUAGAGAGAAAGAGAAAGUGGAGGAAGAAGACAGAAGAAAAGCAGAAGGGGGAAGGGGAGAGAAGAAAGAACACACACCUUUGCAAUGAAGCGGGGGAUCCUUGACUUAAUGCAUAGCCUCUAGCUAUGUGGAAUUUGACAGAACCAGGAAACAUGCAUAUUAAGCAAGAUAAGACACACCCACAGAGAUGGAGAAGACCCAGAGACGGAACAGGGAGGAAGAGGAAAUCACACGCCCUGCUCCAGAAAGUAUAGAGAACACUAAAAUGGGAGAAAGGAAUGUGAAAAGGAAUCAUGUUUCUACCUCUGGAGAAGAGCAACUAGCCCUCAAGAAGACCAUUGCUGGCUGUGAGAAAUCUGACCCUGCUGAUGAAACACACCCUGACGCACAUUGUUGGCUGGUUGAUAGCAGCACGCUGAGUAACUAUGUAGAACAAUUUGCAGCUCUUGCAGCUUUGGAGGGCUCAUGGCCAUUGGGUCUGAGAGUCCCACAACCUUAGAAAUAAUAGCUGACACCAAGAAAUUACAGUGAUCUUGGUUGGACAGUCAAAGAAGGUUUCUCUUUCUGAUAUAACAUCUGUUAAGCAUCAUCUGCAGAUCAAUAUACCUGUAGUUCGCUGAGAUGGAGAAGGCUGGAGUUUUUAAAAGUGCUGAACUGCAGUAUUCUCAAACCUGUUUCAUGUUACUUCAUGAUGACCACUACUACGGCAUCGAAUGUAAAGGGGUUAUUUGGGAGUAGAAACUUCUGUGAAGUGUUUAACACACCCUAUACACAAGCCCAUGACUGCAUGUUCAAAUGUCACCAUUGUUUGAGUAAAGUGUACAUGCAGACCGUGGGGCAUAUAGUCAGAUGCUCCACAAGCAAACUACAAUGUAGAUCCCGAGCAUGCUUAGACACAAGAAGCUUGCUGCAGAAGAAAAGGUAUUCCGAGAGAACUAUGUUGGAAGAGUGAAUAUUAUGUUGACACAGAGCAUGAAGCAAAGAAGAAGUGCCAGGAGAAGCAGUGCAGAGUGUGCUGAGAUUAUGCCGAGGAUCUUGAACAACAUGUGUGCUACAUGGGGAAAAUUAAGUAUGCAAAAAUAUCUGUAAAGUAUAUCUUUUAUUAUUAUUGCGAAUGCAGGCAAGAAAUGGGAGAGCAUUUAAUAAGAAAAAGGAAGCAUGGAAGCUUGCUGGACAAUUCUGGAAAUUUCACUGUGAGUCAUGCCUUGCAGACUUUGUCCAGACAGUCACUAGCAACACACACUUUAAGAACUGUACUCUCCUGGCACACAAUAGUAAAGGAUAUGACAGAAUCCUAGUCCUUUGUGAAAUGAUGAAACAGAGUUCAGAUGUUGAAUUGAUCACUCAUGUUGUGUAUCACAGUCAAAUAUAAAAUUUAUAGUUUGUCUCUCAUCUACCUAUGGCCCUGGCAAAACUGCCUCAAGCCAUGGGAUUUCAAUAAUCCAAAGCGUAUUUUCCCAAUUUCUUUAAUACCAGAGAAAAUGAGAAUUACGCAGGGGAGAUGCCUGAUGUAAAAUACUAUGGGGCGGAAACUACAAUGCCUGCUGAAAGUGGGGCAUUCCUAAAGUGGUAUGAAGAAAACAAGGUGCACACUUUUGACAUGCAGAAAAAACUGGCACAUUACUGUCCCAUAAACUUGGAGCUAGCCUGUACAAGAUACAGACAUAAGAUUCUUGAAAUGACCUGGCAGAUAGAUAUGGUGCCUAAUGGUAACAGUUUUGUCCAGAAGGCUGUUGGCAUUGACCCGUUUCAAUACCUCACACUGCCAGUGUGUGCUUAAAGAUGUUUCAUUACCAGAUUGCAAUACCUGCACUUGAUAAUUACCACAAACAGUGUAAAAGGUUCUCCACCUCUGCUAUUCAGUGGUUGACAGACAUAGAGCACAAAGAAAAGAUCCAUAUUCAUCAUGCCCCGAAUGGUGGUGAAAUUAAGGUUGAGAUUCCCACAGAUGGAAUAUUCUUGGAAUAUUCUCCGAGAAUUGGAGUCCAGAAUAUUCUCGGACUCCAAUUUCAUGUGGUGGAAUUGGAGUCCAAGAAUAUUAUCUGGACGGCUAUUCUGUCACUGGUAAAAAGAAAAUAGCCUUUGAAUUAAACUUUGAUUUCUGGCACAGUUGUCCUAGGUUGUCUCAGCAUUGAUGCCAUCGCAUGCUGGACAAAACAAAUGAAUUUCUUCACAAUGCCACAGAAAGAAAAGCAGCAGUUCUUUAAAAAACAAAAAAACAAAACAGGGCUAUGAAGUCAGAUAUCUAUGGGAGCAUGAGUGGAGAAGAAAUGGUCAAAAAUGACCCACAGCUACAAUGUUUCCUAGCAAGAUAGCAGUUUCCUGAACCUCUGGAACCAAGAGAUACUCUCUUUGGUGGCAGGACAGCUUGUGUGCACUUAUACUACAGGGCAAAGGAGGAUGAGCAGAUCCAUUAUGUGGAUUUCACGUCUCUCUAGCCUUUCGUUAUGAAAAAUAGGAAUGUUCCCAUGGGUCAUCCCCAAAUAAUUUAUUAAAACCUUGGACCUCUCUCUGACUAUUUUGGGAUUGCCAAAGUUAGUGUUCCUCCAUCAAGGUCUCUUCUUUCCUCUGCUGCCUGUCAAGGUGAAUGGCAAACUCAUGUUUCCUUUGUGUAGAACUUGUGCAGAUUUCCAGAAGCUGGAGCCAUGCACACACAAUGACGACCAAAGGGCAUUGGUGGGGACCUGCUGCAUAGUAGAACUCAAGGCAGUGGUGACUAAGGGGUACAGGAUUGUAAAAAUAGUUGAAGUGUGGCACUUUGAAAGCAAAUCUGACAAACUCUUUUCUGGUUAUAUCAAUACAUACCUUUGCCAGAAGCAGGAAGCAUCAGGUUUUCCCCAGUGGUGUGUUAGCACAGAGGACAAAAAGAAAUACAUUCAUGAUUAACAGGAAAAAGAAGGGGUGCUUUUAAGGGAGGAUCAGAACAAUGUCAACCCUGCAAAGCGCCAGAUUGCCAAAUUGUUCUUAAAUUCUUAAUGGGGCAAAUUUGCUCAGAGUACAAAUCUACCUAAAACCGCCGUUCUGAGGGACCCUGACAAACUAUUUCACUACCUGUUUUUAGAUGCCUAUCAAGUAUUUCAUUGUGAGUUUUUGGAUGAUGAGACUAGCCGUGUCUCUUGGAAAAAUGCCCAAGACCAGUUAACCUCUGGUACCACGGGCACCUUUCUAGACUGUUUUACUACAGCCUAUGUCAAUUAUGAACUUUACAAGUUACUAGACAGGUUACAGGAGAGGUGUUUAUAGUACAACACAGAUUCCAUGAUUUUUGUGAGUCGUGAGGCUCACAAAACCCACCUCUGAGAGACUUUUUAGGAGAGUUGACAAAUGAAUUCAUUUGCCAUCAGAUCAGUACAUCAUUUUGCCAUCAGAUCAGUACAUCACCGUGCUUGUGAGCACAGGGCCGAAAUCUUAUGGAUACAAGCUGUCUUGCAGGACUGCCUGUAUGAAAGUCAAAGGGAUUACUCUAAAUACUGCAAAUAGCCAGAAGCUUAAUUUUGACAGCCUUAAGGGUUUAGCUUUUGCCUGUGUCUCAAACCAGAUCCCUGCACAUGAGAUCAUUGUGGAGCAGAGGGGGAUAGUUAGAAACAAAAGGGAGUGGAAGCUUGAAACCAAACUUCUAAGGAAAACCCAGAGGGUUUUAUUUUACAUAAGAGUGAUUGACGGGUUUAAGACUCUACCUUACAGCUUUUAAAUGAAUACCUGUUGGCAAUACUCCUUCUCAGCCAUUCUGGCUGAUCCCAGCUACUGUGGGGAAAGGUGUUUUGUUUUUGUUUUUUAAAAUAUGUUGGACAAUAUGCAUUCUGUUCUAUCUUUGAUGCCUGAAAAAAUAGUCUGGAUUUAGGCCUGUUGGCAGCCUUUGUCCAGGCAACUUCUCUGUAAAUACCCCUUUGUUACUUUUGUACAGUGUGUACAUCAUCAACUUGAUGAUGACUAUCUGUUACCCCCUAAUAAAACCUGUUUUCUUGUAGUGGAUGAUCUCAUGAAAGCUUCAUGUGAAAAUUCUGAAAUAGAGAAGACCUUCACAGAGUAUGUUCAUCACAAAAAUCUGAGUACUUUUUAAAUCUGAGUACACAAAAUGUGUUCUGCAAAGGAAAAUCUGCACACACCGUAAGCCUUAAUGCUAAAUAUAUGGUACUCUUUAAAAAUCAUUGGGGUAAAUUACAAAUUGCCAUCUUGGCCUGUCAGAUUUUCACAGGAAAUGUCAGAUAUUUCAUGGAGGCAUACAAUGAUACCACUCACAAGGCAUAUGGUUAUUUGAUUGUGGAUUUAAACCCCACAACCACUGAAGCCUACAGGCUCAGAAGUGGUCUUUCCACCCCAGAUUGGUUUGUGAUGUAUACUAAACCUGUUUCUACCACUGCCCAAGAAGAUAUCUGGAGAAGUUUCCCAUAAUUCUGAGACCCUCUUCCAAGAGGUCUUGGACACUCUGCCUAUGUGAUCUAAGAACUCUGCAAAGAUUUUGUUAAACAAGUUGAGGCAGAACUCCACAGUUUUAUCGUGGGAUGAGGACGGCACCUUUGUAUAUAAGGGCGAGACUGUUGUUGGUUCCAACAUGCUGGAUCUGGUCAAAGCAAUCAACCAGGUUCACAGACUACCACCCAACUGCUUUCUUAAAAGCUGGGAUGUGUUAUGAGGGCUCUGGCUGAACUAAAUGUUCCAGCAAAUGUACCUGGAAAUCAUACUACCAGGGUUGCUCUAGAAUAUCUUUUAAAAAUAAAAAUAAAAAAACCCAAGUGCUGUGUCUUUGUCCCCUGCUGCCUCUCACAGGGUUUCUAAAAAACAGGAAAUCAUCUAUUUGGCUAAAAUUUUAAUGUGUCUAUGUUUUUCAGAUGUAAAGUACAAUUGAUUGCAUGAAUUCAUAGUUGUUGCUUUGUGGGAAAGGGAACAAAACAACACCAUACAUACAUUUCCCUUUAAGGCCCUCUAAGGCCUCAUAGAGCUUUAUUGCUCUAUGAAAAUCAUUACAAGAUCCACAUGCCUUUGCAUUUUGAAAACAAUUUGGGGCGUGUUUGGGCAUGCAUUUCUUUUUUUCCAACUUACUGCUCAACCAUUUCUUUCGAAAUCCUCAGAAUACAAUUCUUGAAUCUGCUUAAAUGUUAUCUCCCUACCCCUCUGCUGUAGGAAGAAUACACAGUGCUAGCCACAGGUCUCAGAGUCAGGAGCUUGCAGCUGGAGGAAUUGAAAGAUUGUCUUUGUGGCAUUUUUUCUUUUAAAAGUCAUUAUAGUUUUGGGGAACUGGGGGUGGUUUGGAGGGUGUAUAAGAAUCAAAAGAACUCUGCCUGGUUGUCCUCUGUCAAAUAGAUGUCUAACCCCUACAAUCCUGGAAAGUUGUGUGUGUUAACUACAAGCAUUGGAAGUCUUUGUAGCAAUCUCUUUCUAGGCAGCCAGUCACUAGGAAAAACUCCAAAGAAAGUAUUUUGGCUGCUGGGAUUUGCUGACAGCAUGCAUGUUAGCUGUAUGCUAUCCAUGUCACAUAUAAUCAAACAGGACAUUCCUCCUGUGGUUUAUCUCGAUGAGGUUGUCACAUACUGCAUACACAGUGCUCUGUGGGUGGGGACUCCUACAAUCUCCCCAUUGUCAUGGACGGACCACCAUCUGGUUAAGGUUGGACUUACAACCACUUCCCACCUCCGCAGGGGCGAGGGGCCUAUUAGAAUGGUCCACCCGAAGAGGUUACUGGAUCCGGUAGGAUUCCAAGAAGCCUUGGAGGGAUUUAAUGUUGGCUCUGCUGGUGAUCCUGUUGAUGCCCUGGUUGAGAACUGGAACAACUUGCUCACCAGGGCAGUAGACACGAUUGCUCCUAAGUGUCCCCUCCGACCUGCUUCAAAAUUGGCCCCUUGGUAUACGGAAGAUCUACGGGGGCUGAAGCGGCAAGGUAGGCGACUGGAGCGCAAGUGGAGAAAAACUCGACUCAAAUCUGACAGAUUACAACAUGGAGCACAUUUAAAGAUCUAUGCUCCGGCGAUACGUGCGGCAAAGAAGCGGUUCUUUUCUGCCCGUAUUGCCUCUGCGAGUUCACGUCCGGUGGAGUUGUUCAGGGUUGUGAGGGGACUAGUAUCUGCUCCCUCUCCCUUGAACCAGAAUUUGGAGGCAUCAGUUACCCGCUGUGGUGUGUUUAAUGAAUUUUUCACAGACAAAAUCUCUUGGAUUCAGGCCGACCUAGAUGGAGACUCCACAAUUAAUUUGAUGUCUGAACUGGAGGUGUCCGACAACUCCUCUUAUACGAUUCGGCUGGAUCAAUUUCAGUUUGUGACUCCUGAUGAUGUGGACAAGCUGCUUGGAGCGGUGAGGCCUACCACUUGUUCUCUUGAUCCUUGUCCAACAUGGCUUGUUCUAUCUAGCAGGGAGGCUGGUAGAAAUCAUAAAUGCUUCUCUGAGGGAGGGCAGGAUGCCUCCUUGUCUUAA